AUGCCAAUGAGUGCUUUUGACCAUCGUGUGAUAUUGUUAACGAUCUCCCCCAAUGUUUUUCUAUACAAAGAUACUCCAACAAUACCACAGACACCAACUAAGACUUAUUCACACAAACAUAUUGACCAAGCUAAAAGAAAUUCGAAAAACAGAGACGCGUUUCAACAGUCAUUUUUAUUGGGGAUGCUUGUUAAAUGUGGAUAUAACGUAUAUGUUAAUAAACUGUAUAAAAAAGGAAGUAUCACACAUCAAAUGUUUACUGUCAACAUAGUACAGAAAAAUGAAACAACAGUAUUUAAUGCUAAUUCUCUGAUUUUUCAAUACGACUCUUUGAAACAAAAACGUCAAUAUUUGGAUGCUUUAACAAACAACACAAUACUCAAUUUACUCACACAAAACGGGUGUGUAAUCGAAGAAAGAAAGACACGGAAAGUCUGUAAAAACAAUAGCAUUUUGAUGAAGCGAGUUAACUCUAUAAAAUACAGAGAUGAGACUUUUGACCAAAAACAAAUUAUCAAAUUGGGCGCUUUUUUGAACCAAAAAAUAAGAGAAAGAACUUCAACUAAAGAAGGCGUAAUGAUUAAGGCUUUCGAUACAAAUUUUGUAUGUUUAUUAGAUAGGACUUGUACCUUAUAG